AGCAUGACCUUAACUUUUCGCCUCCCUACAGAGAUGAAGUGACCCGCUACUCAUGCUUAUCCACACUCACUAUAAUGACCCAAUGAGUUUUAUAGUUUAUGUCAACAUGUGCAUAGAAUCAUGUACCAUCAUUGCCUUUAAUCUCUCUCUCUAAAAAAAAAGGUGAAUAAAAUCACUCUACCACCAUUGCCAUUAAUCUCUCUAUUAAGGGAACCAAAAAACGAAAGCCCAAUCUCUAGCAACAUGGGAGCCCAACACCAGCUCUUCUUUAUCUGUUUCUCUCACUUGUUGGCAGCAUUUGCCAUCGCCUCAGCAACUGGGCCUUUAGUUGGAGGGUACAAGCAAGUGCAGCCCAACGAAACCCACAUUCAAGAUCUGGGCAAAUAUGCUGUAUCCACUUACAAUAAACGGAGUGGAGUCAAGUUAUCUUUCAUCUCUGUGGUCGAAGCAAAGGAACAAGUGGUAGCAGGGGCGAAUUAUAAGUUGGCAAUCCAGGCUUUUGAAGAACCAUUUGUGAGGGUUUACAAGGCCAUUGUGUGGGAGAAGCCAUGGCUAAAAUUCAUGAAUCUCACUUCUUUUGAACCUGUUCUUGCUUAGUUUUAAAUCUUCUAAGUAAUGAAAGGGUCUUGGAUCUCUCUCUGUAGGUUCUCUGUAAUGUCCUGUUUCUAUGAAAUAAGGAUGCAUAACUUUUGAUAGUGAAAGUUACAUCUUGCUUUC